GAAUUGUUCUUGGUACUUUGAUUGUGCAUUCUUUAGAUAUGAGCAACUCACCUUCCUUAUAGAUAAACGUAGGCCAAAAAACGGAUUUCAAGAAUUGUGAAAUACCUACGUUAACUCCACAGCAUAAUUAGAAGUCAUAUCGAAGUUUCAUUUUUACAAUUCGUCAAUAGUUGAGACCAUUAAAGGGAGAAGUAGAGUAAGGCAACGUUAAAAAAUGUGUAAAGCAAAGCAAACCCAAAUGUCCUGCGGACAUACUCUAACGCAUUUCACGGAACUCUGCCCUAAAGGUCUCCGACAAGCAUGUACAAACCCCGAACUCGACUCUCCGACAUCCUACCUCCAGGAUUCAUGCGCACGCUGCGACCCGGAGUUUAAGGUGAGCCGGGUCCGACAACUCCAGCGCCAGCGUCACAGCGAGCUCACUUCGCACUUACUCCGCUCACAAACUCCGGGGGAGGUUGGCCGCGUUCUCACGCGUGUACAAGAGUUGAAUCGUUCUGCUAACACCGCCAUCAGCGAAGCGCGGACACUGAUGUCCUCCCCGAGCAUCGACGUAGAGUUUCCUGGUGUUGGAAUCGAUGGUAGCGAUGGUUAUAAUGGAAACCUGACCCAGGGCACGUUUAAAUGGGUCAACGGCAAGUGUUGUUGGGAGCCAGGGCGCCCUAUCUCGCGGAGCGGUUCGAUCAAGCGAGUCAACACUCCGGUGGAUAUAAAGAAGAGGGCGGAUGAAAUUGCGGAGUUAGAGAAACUCCAUCCCUCAAUCACUGGACCGCCACGGGUGCGCAGAACAAAGAAGGGAUACGUCGAUCCAUUUGAAAAAUCAAACGAGCAACAAAAACCGCCUCAGGUUCCAAAUGCGCCCCGUUUGAAGACCGUUAAGCCAUAUUCUGGACCUCGGGACCAUGUAAUAGCGAUGGUUAGUGAUAGGGAGGAAGACGAGAGACCAAUAUUCGGUGAAAUACCAGUCCUAGAGCCGCAGCAUCGUCUCCGACGGACAAAGACGCAAAUUAGUCGACUCGGCAGUGAAGUGAGUGUUAAAAGCCCCGACGGUGCCGGGAAGCCCGCCUCUAUUACAUCAGUAAAUGAUGAUGAGAGCGAAGACAUAUGGUUGCAAUUAGCCGAUACUUAUACGCCAGGUGAGGCUCCCGGUCGUAGAUUUAAGGAUAGAACCCCGUAAAAUUGUACACUUGGUAGAAUACUCACAUAAUACAUGACUUGCCCUCAUUA